AUGUGCAAUGGUGAGUUCACAGAUAAAAGUGCCGACGAGUCGUGGGUCUUCUUGCAUGAAGUUGCCGAGAAAAUUCAGCAAUGGGAGUCUGAUAGAGCACCUAGGAAGUCGACCAUCAGGGGUAAUGUUCAUAAAAUAGAGUCUGACUUUGAGGGUAAUGCUAAAAUAGCAUCAUUGGUUAGGAGAGUUGAGGCUUUAGAACUAGAGAAAAGUGUGAAAUCUGCUGCAACUACUUCUUGCAACCAAGUUGAGGUUUCUAUUUGUGUUGCUUGUAAUAGUUCUGAUCAUCUUGUUGAUAACUGCCCACAAUUGCAUGCAUUUCAAGAGUCCAGACCUGAACAAGCUAAUGUUUUGUAUCAAAAGCAUGAGAAUAACCCCUAUUCUCAGACACAUAACCCAGGGUGGAGAAACCACCCUAACUUUUCAUGGUCCAAGGGCCCUGUACAAGGGGGUACAUCAGGAAAUACACAGGUAUAUUCAUAUCCUAGAAACCCCCAAGUACAAUCGCACACACAGUACCCUGUAGAGAAAAGGCCUAGAUUUGAUGAUGGUGUAAACCAAAUGAAUCAAAAUAUUUUGCAAUAUCAGAAGAUGAAUGACCAAAGGUUUUCUAGUCUAGAACUUAAGUUGGGACAAAUUUGUGAUGCUCUAAAUGAGAGGGAAAAGGGUAAACUCCGUAGUCAACCUCAGCAAAAUCCGAAAGGUACAUUUCAGGAAAGUACAUCUAAUUGUAAUGAGACUGCACAUGCUGUCACCACUCUUCGUAGUGGUAAAAUUAUUGAUAACAAUGUAGGCGUACCACAGACUAGUGAGUCUGAGUCAGAUUCAUCAUUGCAUACAACGCCACAGAAAACAUCCAUUGUAGAAAAUGACUCUGAGCAUGUUUGUAAAUCUAAAAAAUCUACUGAUGUUAAUGUUUCUUUGCCAGCUAAUGUUCCUGUUGCUCCAUUUCCUCAAAGGUUUGUGCAACAGAAGAAAGGUACCCAUUACAAUGGGAUGUUAAAGAUGUUCAAACGAGUUAACAUCAACAUCCCAUUUCUUGAAGCAAUAAAGAAGAUCCCUGCUUAUGCUAAGUUCUUGAAAGAUCUGCGCACACAAAAGCGAAAUCUUAAUGUGCAUAAGUGUGACUUUCUUGCUGAACAGGCGAGUUCUAUCAUUCAAAAUAAGACUCCACCUAAAUUUAGAGACCCAGGUUGUCCCACAAUCACAUGCAUGAUAGGUGACCAUAUGGUCAAUAAGGCAUUACUGGACUUAGGGGAAAGUGUUAACCUACUGCCAUAUUCGGUGUAUGUGCAGUUGGGUCUUGGAGAGUUAAAACCAACACCUAUAACUCAUAAAUUGGCGGACAGAUCCGUCAAAGUUCCUCGUGGUGUGGUAGAAGAUGUUCUAAUCAAGGUUAAGUUCUAUUUUCCCUUGGACUUCAUUGUAUUAGAUACCCACCAACAACAUUUAGAUCUUGAUGAUGAUGAUGAUGUGCAUGAAAUCAACAUGAUUGAAAGUUUGAUUCAGGAUUCGUUGUCCAGUAGCAUGUCUGUUGACCCUUUGCAUGCUUGUUUGAAUAAUUUUAACUUAGAUUUGUUUGAUGAUGAAUACAUAAGUGAAGUAAAUUCUUUGCUUGAAUCUGCACCUCUCAUGGACACCACCAAAUGGAAAUCUAGAGUGGAGCCACUUCCACUCUCUGAAUCCAAGUCUGUCCCGUCUCUUAUUGAGCCACCAAAGCUCGAACUGAAAACAUUGCCUGACACUCUUAAAUAUGCAUUUUUGGGAUCUUGUAAUACUUUGCAUGUAACUAUUUCAUCUGCCUUAGACAUAGAACAUGAGAGUAAGCUUUUAGAAGUACUUAAGAAGCAUAAAGAAGCAUUAGGAUGGACAAUAUCAAAUAUUAAAGGCAUAAGUCCCACUUUGUGCAUGCAUCAUAUAAAUCUUGAAGAAAAUGCUAAACCAUCUAGGUAA